AUGAGUUUCCCUAUCAUCAAGAGGGCCUUUUUCUCCGAGGAGUAUGGCUCCCUCCCCAUGUGGGUGGGGCCAUCCCAGGGGGUGGGGCUCCCUGCCUAUAUCUUAGCACCCCAUCCCCAGCUCUGGCCAUUCUCAGCCAUGGCAUUCCCUGCAGCAGUGGCAGGUCCCUGGCUGUGCUUCCUCCUCCUCCUGGGGGUUCCCCUCACUUUGGGGGCCUCUGUUGCUGGGGGGCUGCACAACGUGCCAGUGUCAGACCCAGAAGUCCAGCAGGCAGCACAAGUAGCCGUAAAGACCUACAACGACGUCAAUAACUGCAUGUACUACACCCAGGGGGAGAAGGUGCUGAGCGCCCAGAGACAGGUCACAUCCGGGGUCAUGCUACAUCUGACCAUGGAGCUGGUGCAGACAUUGUGCAGGAAAAGCCAAGGUGGCAUUGUGGAGCUCAAGAAGUGCCUCCUGCCACCCCCGUCCCAGCAGAAGAAAGUGCGCUGUAACUUCCAGAUCUGGUCUCAGCCCUGGCUCAGGAGGACAGAGAUAAACUUUCACUGCAAUUCUGACUGUCACUGAGCCUCGUGAACACAACAUCGGCUCCACUAAAAAGCUUCACAAGAGACAGGCCAGCUCCAUCUUGCA